UUAUGAAACUGUUAUAGACAAGGUCCUUGUUAAUCUAUAGCAUACUACAUCUAUGAACAUGCUAUUUAUUUUUAGUUACUGUUGUAUCUCUGUGAUUAAAUGUUACAGAAAAUAGGUUAAUAUUGUCUCUUCGCGUGAAGCUGACAGGUACUCUGUUCAGCCGUGACGUCACGUUUUGUUAUUUGAGGAAUUGUGGGAUAUCAAACAUGGCUGACAAGAAAGUAGACUCGGGGAGCGAGUCUGACAGCACUGAAGAACCAGUGGUUGGAAAUGUCAACAAGUUUGCAGUUGUUCCACCUGGUUACAAUGGUCGACCAAAGAAAGGACAUUUGAUAUUUGAUGCAUGCUUUGAGUGUGGGAACCUUGGACGAGUUGACUACAUCACAGAAUACGAAUAUGAUCUGUUUAUACGACCCGAUACUUGUAAUCCAAGAUUUAGAGUAUGGUUCAAUUUUACAGUGGAAAAUGUCAAGUCAGACCAGAGAGUCAUCUUUAAUAUUGUCAACUUUAGUAAAACUAAGUCACUCUACAGAGAUGGUAUGUCACCCAUGGUCAAGUCAACGAGUCGGCCAAAAUGGGUGAGAAUACCAGCCAAGCAUGUGUAUUAUUACCGCUGCCCUGACCACAGAAAAAACUAUGUGAUGUCGUUCUCGUUCUGUUUUGACCGUGAGGAUGAUGUGUAUCAGUUAGCCUACUGCUACCCGUACUCCUACACUCGACUACAGAACUACCUCGACAACUUGGAAAAGAAAAAUAUGGACUUCUUCUCAAGGGAACUGCUGUGUCUCACAGUUCAACAACGUCGCCUGGACAUGAUCACCAUCACUCAUCCAGAUAACCUAGAAAUGGACGAAACCAAGCAUACUGUGUUUGUCACUGCCAGGGUCCACCCAGGAGAAACUCCUUCCUCUUUUGUCUGUCAGGGGUUGAUUGACUUUUUAAUUAGCAAUCAUCCAAUAGCAAAGGUCUUACGAGAACAUAUUGUGUUUAAAAUCGUCCCGAUGUUGAAUCCCGAUGGUGUGUACCUUGGAAAUUACAGGUGCUCGUUGAUGGGUUUUGACCUGAACAGACAUUGGCUGGAACCCUCGCCCUGGGCACACCCAACAUUGUACGCCACAAAAAAUGUCCUCAUGGAGCUCGACAGGAACGAGAAGGUCCUAGUGGACUUCUACAUAGACAUACAUGCCCACUCUACGCUGAUGAACGGGUUUAUGUACGGCAACACUUACGACGACAUUGACCGGUACGAGCGACAGUCUGUCUUCCCCAAAUUACUUUGUGCCAAUGCUGAGGAUUUCUCCCUGGCCAACACAAACUUUAACAAGGAUGCGGUGAAGGCCGGUACUGGUCGCAGGACCCUUGGGGGCUGUUUAGAUGACAACUCGCACUGCUACACCUUGGAGGUGUCAUUCUUCAGCUAUCAGACCAAUUCGUCCAGCAGUUCUCUCCCCUACACGGAGGAGGGCUAUAUGAAAUUGGGGCGUAACUUGGCCCGGACAUUCCUGGACUACUACAAGCUCAUCAACAUCAUCACAGCCAAGCCAAGCAGUAGUAUUGUACCCAAACCUGGCCCAUAUAGGAUGCGGGACCGCAACCACGAACGCUCACAAACAGACCCUUCUUCAGACUCAUACGAGGACCGGAGACGAUCUUACAACAGAAAUGGUGAAUUCAGCAUCAACAAUUGUAAUGGGUUUGGUGACCCGCCCACCUCUAUACGCCUCCAGCUGCGGGACAGGGACGUGAGGAAAUACUGACGUCCUGGAUUGUAGUCCCUCAAAGACAUUUAGGACACCAAGGUUUAUCAUGGCCUGUAGUGUCCCCACACCACCAACAUCUCCGUGAAGGACCAGACGUCGGUUUAAUGAUUGUAGUCUGUGAUAUGUAAUGAAUCAAGCCUGGCCGAAGUCUAAACACAGAAAUGUUGGUGAAAGUAGGGCCAAAACAAUUGUGGGCCAGUUUAAAAUAGUCACAAUGACAAAUGUAAAAAAUUCCUACAGUGCUGGUGGCUUAGAGGACAUCGGAACCCCUCAAACUUAACAAUAUUUAUUAGGAAAACAAAUUCACUUAUGUGCAUUUCGGUGUGUAGAAUGAUUUGUUAUUGUCACCGAGAGGAGAAGUAGCAAAUUUGAUUAUAGCUGUGAUUGAUUCAUAGACCUCCAGAAUAUAUUUUUAGUGUGAAGAAAGAAUUUUGAUAUUGAACAUAAAAAUCAUUCUUAGGAAGAGCAUGAUAUUGUAUAUGUAAAUCAAACCUGACAUGAAUACAGUCCGACAUUAUAUUGGAUUGGCUAUCAGUUUGGUACUAUGCAUGGGCAAAAGCAGAAUUGCUCUUGGAACCAAUCCAGUGUAAUAGGGCCAUUGAAAUACAGUGUAGGUGUUAUUACAUUAGCCUAAAGUGCUGUAUAUAAGACUUGUACGUUAUGUAUCAUAGGGACCCGACAAAUUCGUUUUAAGAUAUAUUAAUAUUUAUAAAGAUAGCUGUUAUUGGCAUCAUAUUGUUUCAUAUAAACUUACCUCAUAACUGGUGUGUCUGUUGCCUGUGCCAGUGUGUAUGUAGGUAAGAAAUGGGUUUACUAGUUUAUAUUUUGGAGUUACAUUAAAACACUACUGUAAACAUUCCCGAUUGUUUGUAUAACUGACCGAUAUUACAAGAGUACUCUGACCAUCGUCCACACUUACUGUGUAGUCUGACCAUCUUCUACACUUGCUGUAGACAUUAUGUCUAUUUUCUGGGAUUGAUGAUUUUAUUUAAGAAUAGUAGAUCUGAAGUUGAUGUAGAGUAGUUUGACUACGGAGUGUAAUAUGUGGGGAGGAGAGUUGUUUGAUGAUCGAGUGAGAAAUAGAUUAGUUAACAUUAGUAGCAGGGGAGUAGACAUUUGUAUACUGUCUUUAUUCUGCCAAAAGUACAAGGGACCAACACAAACUCUGACUGAAAAUAAAAGGUGGGCCUAUUACAGGACAAUGAAAAAGGAUCUGGUAGUAUGUCUACUGAACUGUAUUUGAAAUGGGUUGGUUUAUUACGAGGCAAAGGCUUAUUGCCGGAUAAAUACAGUAACUGAUCUGAUAUUGUACAUUGGUGCAUAUUCAUAGAUAUAGAAAGUAUGCGUCUCUAAUGGUUAUAUAAUGAAAAAACCUUUGUUGUCCAUCUUAUUGUUGACGACACAAUAAGGAUCAGAUUCAAGUUCAUGUACCCUAUUAUUUCUUCUUUUUUGCACAACAUUUAUUGGAAGCUAAAGGUUACUGGGGCCACUUGUCUGGAAGCUUAAGGUUACUGGGGCCACUUGUCUGGAAGCUAAAUGUUACUGGGGCCACUUGUCUGGAAGCUUAAGGUUACUGGGGCCACUUGUCUGGAAGCUAAAGGAUACUGGGGCCACUUGUCUGGAAGCUAAAGGUUACUGGGGCCACUUGUCUGAAAGCUAAAGGUUACUGGGGCCACUUGUCUGGAAGCUUAAGGUUACUGGGGCCACUUGUCUGGAAGCUAAAGGAUACUGGGGCCACUUGUCUGGAAGCUAAAGGUUACUGGGGCCACUUGUUUGGAAGCUAAAGGUUACUGGGGCCACUUGUCUGGAAGCUUACGGUUACUGGGGCCACUUGUCUGGAAGCUAAAGGAUACUGGGGCCACUUGUCUGGAAGCUAAAGGUUACUGGGGCCACUUGUUUGGAAGCUAAAGGUUACUGGGGCCACUUGUCUGGAAGCUAAAGGACACUGGGGCCACUUGUCUGGAAGCUAAAGGCUACUGGGGCCACUUGUUUUGAAGCUAAAGGUUACUGGGGCCACUUGUCUGGAAGCUAAAGGACACUGGGGCCACUUGUCUGGAAGCUAAAGGUUACUGGGGCCACUUGUUUUGAAGCUAAAGGUUACUGGGGCCACUUGUUUGAAAAUUAUUUCAUAUUUGUACACCACUGCAACAGGUUUGGAAUCAGUUGUAGAUGAUAUCUUGUCCGAACAAGUUCCAAGAAUUGAAUUUGAUCCCCUUAUAACUUGGUAGGGUUCAUCCUGAUUGUAAGCAGUUGGGUAAUGUGUCGACCAUACUAAUGCUAUAUUCGUUUGAAAACCUCUAUGUGUAGAUGGUGGGGUAUUAGUUUGCUUUUGGCUUACAGUGCUAGUUUAUCAUCAUAUGGUCCUUGAUAACUACACACAGUUGUAGUAGACAUUUUAGUACAUGUACAGUACAAAUUUAGUGGUAAUAACCCUGCUGGGUUUAUAUUUAGGCGAG